UAUACCUAAAUCACGUCUCAAGAAAGAUGGUCCCUUAUGCCAUUUGUUGAUAACUUUACUUUUAUCUUGGGAGGUAAAAUCUACCAUGGGACUUAAUUUUACGAUAGAGUGAUUGUAUUCAUUGUGAUUAGGUAGGUCUCCGUGUUACAGAUUACUUCAGUUCGGAGGAAUAAUUUUAUGCCCUGGUUUUCAAAGGCAAUUAGAUUUAUUGUUGACUUUUUUUUAUUUUUUUUCAUAAGGUGUGCCAAACGCAGGGGCGACACAUUUUCGUAUCAGGGGUGUCACAAUGAGCACAUUUAUUUACACAAAGCAGAGUUACAAUGGACUGAGCCAUGUGCUCAUGGAAGACUAUUAUGACUCAGUUGAACUGGAAGACUUGUACAUGUGGGUGGAUCGAAUACCGCUCAGCCGGCCGAAGAAAAACAUCGGGAAGGACUUUUCUGACGGUGUUCUUGUUGCUGAGAUCUUCAAGCACUACUUCCCCAGGCAUGUUGACGUACAUAACUACGCACCUGCUGUGGGGGUCAAGCAAAAAAUGGAGAAUUGGUUUUUAUUAAACAGGAAAGUUCUACAUCGCUUGGAUUUAGACCUUUCGGAAGAUGUGAUAAGAUCUCUGUCCAGCGGCAAACAAAGUGUGGUGGAGAAGGUCUUGAUGAUGCUAAGGUUUCAGAUUGACAAACACAUUGACAAAUACAACAGCAACAGAGCUAGGCAAAAAUACCACAAGUCACCCAGGGAGAUGGAGGAUUUCAGUUGCUUUGGUCCAUCCAGUCCUCGACUUACCUCUAGAGAUUAUCAAAUCAAGUCACACAAACCUUUGCCAGAACUAGAGUCGUCAGAGCUUUACAAUAGAAGUUAUCCAAAUGGACCAAUGCAGGAUUCUAUGGUGAACUAUAUACCAAGAGAUUUAUUUGAACAAAAAGUACUGGAAAGUUUGGCAAAAGAUGAAACUAUACAGAUGCUGACAGUAAAACUACAAAAACUGGAGCAGCUUUUACGCAUGAAGAAUGAAAGAAUUGAGAAUCUUGAGAGAAAACUCGCUUAGAAUGUAAAAAAAAAACUAAUUGUAAAAUCAAUAGCAAAAUUGUGUGAAAAAGUCUUAUUAUAUAAUAUUAUUAAACAAUAAUAUUGCGUUGCUAAGGCUAGCUUUGUUUAUUAAAAGAAUAAUUACCAAUGUGUCUAGUUUUACUGUUGUGAAUGUCAUUG